AUGGAUUAAAAAGAAAAAGAAAUUGAUGAGGAAUAAUUUAAAAAAGAAUUUGAAGAAAAGGUUGAAAAGCGUAAACAAUGGUUAUUGGAAGAAUUAAAGAGCUGUGGAAAAUUUUUAGAUGUAAGUGCAAAGAAAUUAGAUGAUCUAGAUGCUUUGACUGUAAAAAAUCUAUUUAAAUUAAAUAUAGAUUGCUCUCUAUCUUCAUGAAUGCCAAACAGAAUUAACAGUAUUUCAUAUUGGAGCUAAUUAAAUAACUGACAGAGGAUUUAUCGAUAUGUUGACAGGAUUACAAUGGCAUGAUAAAUUAAAGGAAAUCUAUAUUGGGAAUAAUGAAAUUACUGAAGUAGCAAAAUUGUGACCUAUGUCAUUAGAUUGGUAUUUAAGGUUUGAUAGAGAUUUCAAGUAGUUUCAAAUAAUUGAAAAUUUUGAGUAUGAGUUCAUGUUCCAUUGAUGAUUCAACCUUCAUCUAACUUUGUUAUGCAUUACCAGAAUUAAUAAAUCUAUAGUAAUUAUAAUUACCAGCAAAUAAUAUAUCAGAUUAUGGUAAUGAAAUAACUAUAUUUUAUAGGAUUGGUAUGCUUUUCCACAUUAUUGGCAACCAAUAGUCUUCCAAAUCUUACAGUAGUUCAUUUUGGCAAUAAUCCAUUGACAUCUAAAUCUCUAGUCCCAUUCUUUUAAGCAUUGAAGAAAAAUAAAACUAUUAAAAUUCUUUAUUUAAAUGAUAUUGGAAUGGAAUUGGCAACUAUAAAAUAAAUGGCAUGUUGUCUCAAGAAAAAUAAAACACUUGAAGAUUUGAAUUUAGGAAACACAGGAUUUUCAGAUAGUGCUGCAUCAAUUUUAUGGCCCAGUUUGAAGUAUCUAAAGAAAUUGUAAUUGUGGAAUAAUCAUUUAACUGAUAAAGCUAUUUAUGAAUUCAUUAAUGUUCUUGAAAGAGAGGACAUAGGAUUAACUUAUGUUGGAUUAUAAGAUAAUGAGAUUGAAGAAUAUGAUUUGGUUGAAGAUUUGAAUGCUUUACUUAAAUAAAAUGAAAUUAUUGACAAAUUGACAGAAUAGAUAGAACAUAAAGAAGAAGUAGAAGAAGUAGAUGAAGAUAAAUAAGUUAAAUAAAUGAUUGAACUUGCUAAAUUAGAAGAAAUUGAAGAAAAAUUAGGGGAAUUAGAAAAACUUAAUGAACCUUAAGAAGAGAAAUAGGUUGUGGUUAAUGAAUUAUAAGGAAUAUUAAAAACUAAGAAAUGGGCUGGAGAGAUUGAAGAUCCUGAAGAUAAAACAUUGAAACACUCAGUAAUGGAAUGA